CGGAGCAUCCGGCACUGGGGGCUCAGUGCCUCGGCUACAUGAGCACCCCCAAAUACCUAGAAGUCUUAGGACGGUCCCCGGGGUGUACCCUUUAUUUCAGGUUUUAAUCAGGUUUAAUUAAACCACAAUACAAUAUGGCAUCGCUGACGACGUGGCGACACAGAUGACAGAAGGGUUUAUCUCUGGAUGACAGUGACUGCCAAAUAAACAUAACCUAGAAUAUCCAAGCCCACUCUGCUGCCAGCAAUGCAAAAAUAUAAUAGUAAUUUAAUUUAUUUAUCAUAGUACCUACAAUUAUACAAAAUGGAAAACAUAACGAAACUUGUUCUAUUUUUUGGAACGGCAUUUACGUGUUCAUUUAUUAUAGCUAUUUGUAUUCUUCUAAUUGCAAUAUCUUCAACAUUCCCUAGCGUUAAACGAAGUCGCAAGGAAAAACUUUUUUUAGAUCCGAAAGCAGGUCAAUUCAAAAAGUUUCCAUCAAUUGAAGAACCACAUUCUGUGCACCUGAGUGUCAUAGUUCCUGCAUAUAAUGAACAAGACAGACAUUCUAAAGAAUGGCGCAGGAUCACUGUACUUGAUAGCUCAAAGUUUCUCAAUCACAUUGAUGAUUUUGAGUGCCUCCAAUGCUGAAUGAAUGCACGAGAUUUUUGGAAGAGAGAUCCAGCAAAAAUGAAUUUUCAUAUGAAAUCAUAGUAGUAAGUGAUGGGAGCACAGAUAAAACAAUAAAAGUAGCUCACAACUACUCAGAGAAGUUUGGCACUGACAAGAUUAGAGUUUUAGAACUGGAAACUAACAGAGGAAAAGGAGGAGCAGUUAGAUUGGGAAUGUUCAGCGCACGAGGAGCAAUGCUUCUUUUUGCAGAUGCAGAUGGAGCUACAAAAUUUUCUGACUUGACUAAAGUUGAGCAGGCGAUGAAUGACACCAUAAGCUGUGAUUACCAAAUAGAGCCAUCUGAAGCUGCUGCUAAAGCAGGCAUCUCAAUAGGGUCUAGGGCCCAGCUAGAGGAAGAAUCCAUGGCAACUCGUAGUCCGUUCCGUAAUUUUUUGAUGCGCGGUUUCCACUUCUUAGUAUGGCUUUUGGCGGUCAAGGGAAUAAAGGACACUCAGUGUGGUUUUAAGCUACUUACAAGAACUGCUGCUAAAGAAUGUUUUGGUAGUCUACAUGUAGAAAGGUGGGCAUUUGAUGUAGAGCUCCUAUACAUAGCACAAUGUUUGAAAAUCCCCAUAGCAGAAGUGUCAGUGAACUGGACAGAAGUUGACGGAUCAAAAAUAGUACCAGUGUGGAGCUGGUUACAAAUAGGAAUGGACUUGGGACUAAUCUGGCUGAGAUACACAAUAGGUGCUUGGAAAAUCAGAGCUCAGAUGCCAAAAGAAAAAUAAUGAUGUUUUAUAUUCAAACAUCUCAAUAACUGCAUUUAUUUUUUUGUUCUCAAAGAUUUUCUGUAUUGUAUUUACUGGUUUUACAGAUAAGUAAUAAAAGUGAUUCUUCCCUUAA